AUGACGUAUGAUAGCUUGGAGUCGGCCAGACAUGGGACACCUUUAUGUCAAAUACCUGUCAGCUUUAGUUACACUGACCCGGAAACUUAUGACAUAACCCCGAUCAAAUUUGGCUCGCGAGAUGAUGCCAACGAAAACACUGGUGAUCCCACACAGUCGGCCACACAAUACCCUAAAUGCUAUAAAUAUUUAAAUAAGGAUAUUGUGUUAAAUCUGAUCGACACACCGGGUAUUGCCGAUACAGAAGGUAUUGAGAAGGAUAACAAACACAUGAAAAAUCUGUUGGACUUUAUUAGCAAUUAUCCGGAAAUUAACGCCAUUUGUGUGCUCUUAAAGCCUAAUAACGCUAGAGUUGACGUGGUUUUCAAGUAUUGUUUGUUACAGUUGUUGAGUCACUUGAAUAAGUCAGCGGCCGAUAACAUACUGUUCCUCUUUACUAAUGCCAGGCAAACAAACUACGCCCCUGGUGAAACUGGACUUGUAUUGAAAAACUUCCUUGCUAAUUUACGUGCCAAGCCUCCACACGUGGACAUACCUUACGAAAAGGACAGAAUCUAUUGUUUCGAUAACGAGGCCUUCCGUUAUCUCGUGGCUAUACUUCCCCCGAAUGACGUCCCAUUUCGGCCACUGUAUGUUCGGCAACACUCUACCAGCUGGGAUAGGUCUGUAAAGGAAUGCGAACGUUUGCUCAAGUACAUAGUAUCCCUACCGCCCCAUAAAGUCCAGGACACGGUAUCCCUAAACAACGCCAAACAACAGAUAGUAUUACUGACGCAACCAUUGGCCGACUUAUCGAAGACUAUAUCCGAUAACCAAAAACUCUGUGAAAAUCAUAAGAAAACGAUCGACGAGUUUAACGGCACAAUCGAAGAGCUCAAGAAAAAGCUGUAUAUCCCGAAAAUGACUGUAAUAUCGGUGCCAUUAGAUAAGCCAAAGAUGGUGUGCGGGCACAAAGGCUACGAGUCAUUAAUGGAGGUCAAGGAGGUUAGAGAUGAAAAGGUGUACAAAGAUUUAACUACCGCUGAACAGAUGUCGGAGGCUAAACGUAAACAGUUACAGGAAAUGGAAGCAUACGUGGGUGAAUUAUCCAAAGAACUAGCCACUAUUACUCGGUGUAUGGCAAAGUUUGUUUGCUUUUUAAAACGAAAUGCUCUUACACCAUUCAACGAUGCAUUCGACAUCUACGUACAGUAUCUAAUUCAAACCGAAAAGCACGAUGCUAAUAAUCGAUCCACUAUAGAUAAACUGGAGAAAUUGCUUGCUUCAUAUAACAAGCAAAUGAAUGACUUGACCGAGGCUAUGGAAAAGGCCGAUACAACUGGCGAGUAUAUAACGGUGAAAGAUAUCGACGACAGUAUAAGCGAGUUGUACUCGCUCAAAUCAUACGGUCCAACCAUUAAGCAAAUGAUGGACGUCCAACACGAAGUCCGGGCUAAUAAUCACUCGACCGAUAAA